AAUUUGUCUCUUCGGAAAGUAAUGUGAUGGAAUGCUGUGCUUGAAAAUGACACUUGUAGAGCGUAAUUUGAGUCGUUGGGGCCGCAUAAUUAUGGUAGACUGAAUACAGAAAAAAUGACAGAGGUUAAGUGUGGAAUUGUAACAUUACAUGAUGGGCGAGGCAAGGCUCAACCAAUCAGAUUACAGUUGAUGACAGAAACUCUGGUCAUACAGAAAGAGGAAUGGGUGAUGGCACCACUGGAGGAGGAAGAUGAGGUGUUCCUCAAUAUGAUCCGUGAGGUGUCAAUCAACCGUGAGGGAGCCAGUGGUUUGGGUCUGUGCGUGAAGGGAGGGGCAGAGCACAAUCUCCCAGUCCUCAUCUCUAGGAUCAUCAUCGGCCAGGCGGCAGACAGGUCUGGGGAGCUCAUAGUGGGAGAUGCUAUCCUGCAGGUUAACGGCAAUAAUGUGGAGGACUUCACCCAUGACCAGGUUGUAAAGGCGAUGAAGGACACGGAAGGAAACAUCGUGAAGCUCGCAGUGAAACACUUCCGCCCUGCGUCACACUUUCUCAACAAAGGUAAUUCCUGUAACCAAGUGCGCUCCCAAAAGGAUGAUCCUCCACUGUCUGGUCCGCUGAUUCCUGGACUGCCGAGGCUGGAGCGACAGUGGACGACGGUCACCUCAAUACCGCUACUUUACGGCAGACUGACCAGGUUCCUGCCAGGCACAGACAAACUCAGAAUGAACAGUUUUGAAGUGUUUGGCUGUGACGGCUCCAGCUCAGGUGUGUUGCACUGUGAGGACAACCGCAUGUUGGCUGAAUGGAUCCAGUCCAUCACAUCCAUCAUCGACAAUCUCCUCACACAGAUGGUUCAGAUGACCAACAAGAUGUUGCUAGCCGAGGACCAUAUAGCACACAUGUGCUGGAGCCAGCAGCGGAUGUCAGCCGCUGUCCACAACCAGCCAUGGAAGGCCAAGUUCAUGGCUCUCAAGGGACCCGAGGUCUUUCUCUUUGAUGUUCCACCUAUGCAUGCUCGUGACUGGACUCGCUGUGAUAUGAAGUACAAGGUGUAUGAAUGUAUGUUCAAGAUGUUGAAGGAUGAGGAGCUUCCAGACGACCGCCAGCACUGCUGUUCUGUUCAGACAGGAAGUGGCGAGUCUGUCGUGUUGAGUGUUGAGUCGCGAUCAGACCUGUUACAUAUUGAGAGAGCAUGGUACAAGACCAACAGUCUCGCCGUCCAUAGGAUCAAGAAUAUAACAUUUGGCUGCUCAUGGCGAGGUCGUUUGUCCGGCCUCACUCUGGAUCUGGAACAUGGCUUCUCAUUGGUGGACCAUGAGACCAAGACGUACGUCUGGACCUACCGCUUCUCCCAGCUGAAGGGCUCGUCAGAUGACGGCAAGACCAAACUCAAACUGCUCUUCCAGAAUGACAUGAGUAGGAGUGUAGAAUCUAGGGAGAUCGAGUGCACAAGUCUGCAUACACUGAUGUUCUGUGUCCAUGCAUUCCUGUCUGCGAAGCUGUCAUCUGUUGAUCCCAACUUCCUUAGCAACUACUAGACCCGCCCAGCAACCAUUUAUCAUCUAAUAUGUGGUCAUAUAAACAAGUUUUGUAAUGUUGCAGCUUAGUGAUGUUUCAGCACAGCUACUUCGCUUCAGCGUUGUUGACUUUAGUUACAGUAUUUGAAUGGAUUGGAAGAAUCUCAUAGCAUAUAUUUUGGUACGGUAUUCAGAAAGAUGCCUGUAGUUAAGGAGCCCAUCUGUUGUUUGUCCAUAGCAGUGACAAUAUUGAAGCAAGUGGUCUGACUGAGUUACUGUUGAUAACAUGACAGUGUGUCUCGAUGACAUGAACGGUGUUCAUUAUAUCGACCACUGGUUUGUCUGACUUGUUUUACAGACCACACUUAUAAUGUAUGGUAAGUCAUUUAACAGCGAAUAAGGACACAAAUUUCACUGUUCAAUGCUUUCAACACUUGUAGCGGUGUUAUUUAAUCUGGCUCUGUGCCUGUUUUAAGAUGGAUUGUCACAAUCAUUCAGUAAUCUGAAUCACUCUACAGAUGUUUGAGAGUAGAUUUCCCUGUAGUUACUAAACCUGAGACCCGUGAAGAUCCUGGGUAGAAUAGGUCUUCAGCAACCCAUGCUUGCCACAAAAGGCGACUAUGCUUGUCGUAAGAGGUGACUAACGGGAUCGGGUGGUCA